AUGAAUUCUCCAAGAGCAGAGACCCUUGAUCAAGAACUCAGUGAAGCUAUUAAUAAAAUAUACAAUGGUUGCUAGAAAAUCAAUGCAAAACAUCUGAAGAUUAGAAUAUUGUAAUGGCUGGAUAAAGUGAGAACUCCAACUCAUAAUUUUAUUUGGAAAUAGAAUUCUUUGUUAUAUGCGCGUGUUCUUCUGGAAAUGACUCUGGAACAACAAUUAGAUAAGCCAUUUCGAGGUGUCCCUCCAGACGGUCCAUUGCCUCGAUUGGAUAAAUUUGAUGUCCCUCAACAUAUAUGGUAGAAAAUCAAAUAAAUAAAUAUCCAACAACCCAUGUCCCCUAGAAAACCUUUAGGCAUGCUCUCCAAUAGAAAUUUCACUCCCAAAUUAAAAACCGAACCCAUUCAAUACAAAUCAAAUAAAUUUCAUAAUAGCUAAAAGUCCCAAAAGUGGGAUUAGAUCAAAGAAACCUUGGAGGGUGCAAAUAGGAAUAUGCGAGAGUUCAAGCAAUUCCUAGAAAACAUCCAAACUGAAAAACUAUUUGUGUGAUUAUUAUCAAUAAUGACUAAUU